AUGAUGAAGCAGUUCUGGGCGGACAUUGAUGCCGACAAGAGCGGCGCCGUUACCUUCUCCGAGUUCGCAGAGUGGCGCCGCGAUUGCAGGGCAUUGGACAAUUUGAGUAUGUAUCUCACGAGAUUCAGGUCAGUCGAGAUCUGCCAGCAGUGCGGCAGAGACCGGUCCACCGAGGAGUUUGGGCGGUCGAACGCCAAGAAAGCCGUGGCAGCGCCGAGGGUGUUGCAACAGCAUCAGCAGUUCUUCAGCCACGGCAGCAAGCAGUGGAAGCCCGUGCAAUACGCGCGUUUCAGGCUCAUGGAGGCGAGACAGUUCAUCGAGGAGGCGGCUGGCGGCAUCCUGGUCGUUGCAGCCCAGGGGCUGGCGGGGGCGACGCCACUUUGCAUGCGGAAGAGUGCGCCGCCCUACACGCGUGGCAGGCGCGGGCUCCUACCAUGGCGCGCAGCCAUCGUGCACUUUGACUUCGCGCUCAGAGGUGGCAUCAUUGCUGGUGCGGCAUUUUUCUUGGAUGGGCUGUCUUAUUUCAGCUUCAAGUGGCAGAGGCUGAGGCGCAUGGUGGAGACCCUCGCCUGCGACGGCAUGCCAUUCGUCGUGGGGGCGGAUUGGAUCGCUGACCCGAGGAUUGUCAAAACCUCGGGCACCCCGCGGAAGCUGAGGGGGGCACGGUGCGCGGCGAUCUUGGUGCGCGCAGGAUGGCCUGCUCGGUCGCGCUUUCCCGCGGUGGUCGUGCUGAAGCAGGCGCCGAGGGCGCGCGGGGUGAGGGGGCUCGCUGGCCCCUGUGAGUUCCCCAGGCAUUCUCUUUCGAGGGCUGGCUUCCGCAGCCGUUUGAAUGGGCCGCCGCCUGAGAAGCCUCGGCUGGAUUCUGCGAAGCAGGAUGCCGAUCAAGGGGCAGCAGCUCCGGAAAGCCAGCAGCACAGGCUGGGCGCCAUGCGCAGCAGCGUCCUCACCGCGCAGAAGGCGUUGUCCUACGUGUGUCAGCGUGCCAGGUCUUGGUCAGCAGGGCGCGAUGUCUUCGGCGCGCCAGGCGUCGUUGCCCGUUACCAGGUGCCCGCAGAGGCCAGCGAGGACUGCGAUGGGGUCAUGAUCAAUGGCAUCUUUGAUAUUGCCAAAUACUUUGGCAGAGUCCGAUGGAGAACCAUCAUUGAGAACGCAUCGAACUGCAUGAUCAGCGCGUUCGAAGCCAUGGAGUUGCACAUGAAGCUGCUGAUCUCGACGGGUAAGGCGAACAUCUCGUCCAGGGGCAUCAAGAUAUCUAGGGAUGUGGCGAGCAGGUAUGUGAAGAUGUUCAUGAACGGUGUCGGGAGCGACCCCCUGGAAUCGUACUACGACCUCGUGGGCAGGAACCACCGCGAGAUCCUGGUGGACAGGAUGAACGGCCGCAAGCGCAGCACACGUUCGGGGGCGAAGGCGUUCUGGCGCGACGAAGCCGAAGAUGGUGCGGGCAAGCUUGAAGCUUGA